AUGCUAGCUAGGAGCAUUGCGCGAUGCUCAAAUAAACUCAAGAUCUCGGCCUCGCGGCCGUGCGUACGGCUUGCACAACCGCAUUGCCGGCGCUUUUCAAUGCCUACGGCCGGAGCAACACCGGGGUCCUCGCCGAUGUCGAGUGCCGGAAUGCUUGCGCCGUUCGUGGGGGAGCUGGACUGGAUAGCACCCUCAUUCAAGAUCAACGGAUCGCAAGUCCGGGUUCUGCAGUCCCCCGCCGAGUUCUACGAGACCCUCAAGCAGAAGAUUCGGAAUGCGGAACGGCGCAUCUUCUUGUCGACGCUGUACAUUGGCAAGGCGGAGAAGGAGCUUAUCAUUACGUUGCAAGAAGCCCUGCGCUCGAAGCCUAACCUAAGGCUCAGCAUCCUCACCGAUGCUCUGCGAGGGACCCGCGAAGCUCCUGACCCGUCAUGCGCGUCCCUGCUCGCCCCUCUCGUCGCCGAGUUUGGCCCGGAACGAGUCGAGAUUCGCAUGUACCACACACCCAACUUGACGGGCCUGAGGAGAAAGUACAUACCGAAGCGCAUCAACGAGGGAUGGGGACUACAGCACAUGAAGCUAUACGGUGUCGACGACGAGAUUAUCCUUACGGGAGCCAACCUGUCAAAUGACUACUUCACGAACAGGCAGGAUCGAUACCACCUAUUCUCCUCCAAGGAUGUCACCGAGUUCUUUGCGAAUAUUCAGGAUGCUGUCUCGUCGCUGAGCUUUCUGGUCCGGUCCUCGAACUCCACAGUUGGUUUCGAAAUGAUCUGGCCCGAGGACAAUGCGGCCCCGUCACCUCUAGAGGAUCCCACACAGUUCAUCAAGGAGUCUACGAACCUGCUGGCUGGCUUGAUAUCUCCUAAGACUGCGCCGCUGACCGCAUACGAUUCCACUCCGCCCGAGAAGAGAGAUACCUCAGUGUACGUGCUCGCGCAGUUCUCGCAGCUGUUGGCGCCCGACACUUCAACUGAACUCCCCGCGGUCACGCAUGUCCUCAAGACUCUCUCGCUGCCCCAGUACGAAAACUCGUCCUGGACCUUUACAGCAGGCUACUUCAACCCAGCCCCUUCACUCACUAAGCUUUUGCUGUCUACUCGGUCGCACAGCAACACGGUAAUUACGGCCUCGCCCUUCGCCAACGGUUUCUACAAGUCGCCAGGCGUUUCUGGUCUUCUCCCUGACGCCUACACUCUCCUUGCUCGCCGCUUCGUUCACGCUGUGCACCAACACCAGCGCGAGGCAUCCACGGUCCUGCGAGAGUGGCGCAAGGGCACUGUCGGCGAGCCAGGGGGCUGGACCUACCAUGCCAAGGGGCUGUGGGUGACGCUACCCGGGAGCAAGGACCCGUCCAUCAGUCUGAUCGGCAGCUCCAACUACACGAAACGGAGCUAUUCUCUUGAUCUGGAAGCGAACGCUCUGAUUGUGACCGACAAUGAAGAGUUGAAGAGACGCCUAGGCGAGGAACAGCGCUGGCUGCAGGAGCAUACGACCAUUGUCACCCGGGAUGAUUUUGCCAAGACGGACCGGCGGGUUGGGCUGCAGGUCCGUAUCGCCAUGAUGAUUGUGCAGCUCCUGGGAGGGGCGCUGUAA